AUGGCUUCCACCCCCAUCCUACUCCUUCUCCUUGCGACGGCGGCCAUGGCAGGCCUACGCCACGCCGGCGCGACGGAGUACACCGUCGGCGACUCCGACGGGUGGACCAUCGGCCCCAACUACCUGGCCUGGUCGCAGAAGUACAACUUCACCACCGGCGACACGCUCGCGUUCAACUACGUGCCGCGGCAGCACGACGUGUACCGGGUGACGCGCGACGCGUUCCAGACGUGCGAGCCGACGGCGGGGCAGACGGUGCGCAAGUGGGCGUCGGGCCGCGACGUCGUCGACCUCGCCGCGACGGGGGACUACUACUUCAUCUGCAACAUCACCGGCCACUGCCCCGGCGGCAUGAAGUUCUCCGUCGCCGUGGGCGCGCCACCUCCUCCUCCGCCUUCACCGCCUCCCCCGUCGGCCUUCCCGACUACAGUGCCGCCGCCUCCAAGCUCCGGCGCGUGCGGACGGCGCCUGGCGUUGCCAGACUUGGCGAGGAUUGCCGGCCUCGCUGCGAUCGGGCUGUGGAUCAGCUUGCUGUCAUGA